UUCAUAACGUCAUAGUUUUUAAAUCUUUUGCGUUGCGGACUUCUGAUGUUGCAUAUCGUCGAUAUUUGAUGGCAAUGUCGUUAACAGAAUAGAGAAAACACAAAUCAGAUAGAAAACAAAGGACCUUCACACUACGCAACGGAUGAGUGCUACAAAGCUGCGGAGAACAUCCUCGUCCUGACCGAUAUGGAUUCAAACAACUCCGCCAACGAGAAAACGAUUGGGGACGGGGCUAUCGGCUGUUGUGGAUUUGUGCUACUCUUCUUUUCCUGUAUUAUCUUUCUCGCCACAUUGCCGUUUUCUCUGUGUGCUUCUAUCCAUGUAGUCCAAGAGUAUGAACGAGGUGUCGUAUUUCGCCUUGGCAGGGCAGUACGCGGGGGAGCAAGAGGACCAGGUAUCAUCUUCACGUUACCAUGUGCAGAGAAGUUUACUCUGGUGGACCUGAGAAUCAAGUCUUUUGACAUACCACCACAGGAGGUAAGCCAGCCCCCCACCCCCACCCCCCAAAUCGGGUGUGCAUUAUUUGUACCGUCAUUUGAAGCAAACACGUAG